AUGGCGGAGGCAAAUUUCACAAACAGGUUUUUCAUCAUCUACUGGAUUUCCACUCACUUUCUCACAGCUGCUUCACCAGUGAGGCUGGUCAACUCUGACAACCGCUGCUCUGGCAGAGUGGAGAUCUACCAUGCUGGACAGUGGGGGACAGUGUGUGACGAUUCCUGGGACCUGAACGAUGCCAACGUUGUUUGCAGACAGCUGGGCUGUGGCUGGGCUCAUUCAGCACUGCAACAUGCUGCUUUUGGACAGGGCAGUGGACCCAUCUGGUUGGACAACAUCCUUUGUUCAGGAAGGGAACCAUCGAUAACAGACUGCAGACAUCCAGGGUUCGGGGUCCACAACUGUGGACAUAAUGAAGAUGCCAGCAUCAUCUGUGACACUCAACCAGGACCACCAGUGGACAACACCACAGAAGUCGAGGGACAGGUCCGCCUGGCCAAUGAAGGAAACAGCUCCUGCUCUGGCAGAGUAGAGAUCUUCCUCCGUGGACAGUGGGGGACGGUGUGUGAUGACCACUGGGACCUGGUUGAUGCUAAGGUGGUGUGCAGACAGCUAGGUUGUGGCAGGGUCCUGUCAGCACCACAACGUGCACGGUUUGGACCGGGCAGUGGACCCAUCUGGUUGGAUAACGUAAUUUGUUCAGGAAGGGAACCAUCGAUAACAGCCUGCAGACAUCCAGGGUUCGGGGUCCACAACUGUAGACACAAUGAAGAUGCAAGUGUUGUCUGUGAAUAAGUCGAGGGACAGGUCCGCCUGGCCAAUGAAGGAAACAGCUCCUGCUCUGGCAGAGUAGAGAUCUUCCUCCGUGGACAGUGGGGGACGGUGUGUGAUGACCACUGGGACCUGGUUGAUGCUCAGGUGGUGUGCAGACAGCUGGGUUGUGGCAGGGUCCUGUCAGCACCACAACGUGCACGGUUUGGACCGGGUAGUGGACCCAUCUGGUUGGACGACGUCAUUUGUUCAGGAAGGGAACCAUCGAUAACAGACUGCAGACAUCCAGGGUUCGGGGUCCACAACUGUAGACACAGUGAAGAUGCAAGUGCUGUCUGUGAAUCUCAACCAGGACCGCCAGUGAACAACAGCACAGGAGUCGAGGGACAGGUCCGCCUGGCCAAUGGAGGAAACAGCUCCUGCUCUGGCAGAGUAGAGAUCUUCCUCCGUGGACAGUGGGGGACGGUGUGUGAUGACCACUUGGACCUGGUUGAUGCUCAGGUGGUGUGCAGACAGCUAGCUCAACCAGGAUCACCAGUGGACAACACCACAGAAGUCGAGGGACAGGUCCGCCUGGCCAAUGAAGGAAACAGCUCCUGCUCUGGCAGAGUAGAGAUCUUCCUCCGUGGACAGUGGGGGACGGUGUGUGAUGACCACUGGGACCUGGUUGAUGCUCAGGUGGUGUGCAGACAGCUGGGUUGUGGCAGGGUCCUGUCAGCACCACAACUUCAACCAGGACCACCAGUGGACAACAGCACAGGAGUUGAGAGACAGGUCCGCCUGGCCAAUGGAGGAAACAGAUCCUGCUCUGGCAGAGUAGAGAUCUUCCUCCGUGGACAGUGGGGGACAGUGUGUGAUGACCACUGGGACCUGGUUGAUGCUCAGGUGGUGUGCAGACAGCUGGGUUGUGGCAGGGUCCUGUCAGCACCACAACGUGCACGAUUUGGACCGGGCAGUGGACCCAUCUGGUUGGACGACGUCAUUUGUUCAGGAAGGGAACCAUCGAUAACAGACUGCAGACAUCCAGGGUUCGGGGUCCACAACUGUAGACACAAUGAAGAUGCAAGUGUUGUCUGUGAAUCUCAACCAGGAUCACCAGUGGACAACACCACAGAAGUCGAGGGACAGGUCCGCCUGGCCAAUGAAGGAAACAGCUCCUGCUCUGGCAGAGUAGAGAUCUUCCUCCGUGGACAGUGGGGGACGGUGUGUGAUGACCACUGGGACCUGGUUGAUGCUCAGGUGGUGUGCAGACAGCUGGGUUGUGGCAGGGUCCUGUCAGCACCACAACGUGCACGGUUUGGACAGGGCAGUGGACCCAUCUGGUUGGACGACGUCAUUUGUUCAGGAAGGGAACCAUCGAUAACAGACUGCAGACAUCCAGGGUUCGGGGUCCACAACUGUAGACACAGUGAAGAUGCAAGUGCUGUCUGUGAAUUGGACAACACCACAGAAGUCGAGGGACAGGUCCGCCUGGCCAAUGGAGGAAACAUAUCCUGCUCUGGCAGAGUAGAGAUAUUCCUCCGUGGACAGUGGGGGACGGUGUGUGAUGACCACUGGGACCUGGUUGAUGCUCAGGUGGUGUGCAGACAGCUAGGUUGUGGCAGGGUCCUGUCAGCACCACAACGUGCACGGUUUGGACCGGGCAGUGGACCCAUCUGGUUGGAUAACGUAAUUUGUUCAGGAAGGGAACAAUCGAUAACAGACUGCAGACAUCCAGGGUUCGGGGUCCACAACUGUAGACAUUAUGAAGAUGCAAGUGUUGUCUGUGAAUUCCAACGCCCUCCACUCCAGCCUCCUCAGCUCAUCUGUGGACAUGAUCAAAUUCAAAUGGGGCUAAAUAUGGCUGCCAUAACUUCCCUCGGUUUGAACCCACUCUCCGGAAACCUGGUAGUUCGCAACUGCUCCUGGGUCAGAAUGCAUAAUGAUGUAGUUUGGUAUGAGGUGGACGCUCAGGCAGGUGCCUGUGGAAACACACUGAGGACCAACCGUACACACGCCAUCUACUCCAACGUUUUAUUCCUCUACCGAGGAAAUGUGUCCUUCUCACGUCCUGUGAGUCUUCCCUUCUCCUGUGCGUAUCCCCUCGACACAGACACCAGCAUGAAUGUGGCAGUCAGACCAGUGCUGCCGUUUGCAGUUGGCCUCUCAGGCUUCGGGAGCAAAGCUCGAGCCUCCAUGUCUCUGUUCCACACCUCCAGCUUCACUCAGCCUUAUUCAUCUGGCUUGAUCACGCUCCCUGUGGGCUCACCUCUGCAUGUGGGCGUCUCUGUUUUAGUCAGAGACCCAAGCUUUGCAGUUGUCCUGGAGAACUGCUACGCCUCUGACUCAUCAAACUCCAAUGAUACUGCACGAUACUUUUUCAUCCAGAACAAGUGCCCCACUGACCGACAGCAAGUGGAAGUGAUCGAGAGCGGCUCAUCCCGACAGGCUCGUUUCUCCUCCCUGUUUUUAUUGAUCAACAGUGACAUUUACCUCCACUGCAGCAUCAGCCUGUGUGACCAGAGAAGCUCCCGCUGUGCCCCAUCUUGCAGAAGAAGGACGUCUCGCUCUGUUUCCAGCUCCUUUCCUCUGAAGCCCCUCACCAUUGGACCAAUCACUUGGUCCAAGUCACCUGAGUGAGCUGGUAACAUAUAAUAAUAAUACAAAGUCAUUUCGUAGUGUGAUAUUAUUUUGUGUUUGAAUUCCUUUAUUCAUAAAUUGAUAAUAAAAAUACAUGUUACAUUCCAUAAUUAAAUCGUAACACUGGUUUUCCUGAUUUGUAUUAGCUGUGUAAUGAGCUGUGAAAUGAUUGAAGAAAA